AGGGCUUAUAGGCUGUACCUAAUGGCUUCAUUAGUGGUCAAAAAUCAUUUACUAAUACUUUAUAGAGUGGAUGUCAACCAUUAAUAAGAACUUUUGGGUUGCCAGGUUGUGAAGACCCAUUUGUCUGGUGUUAAUUCUGUCUUUUUGCUAGAAAUGUAUUAAUAACUGUUUGAUCAUCCAUGUGGAUUUUUAAUACAUCUAAGUGCACCUAUAAAUGUUGGUAGCCAAACUCUCUUCAAAACACUUCACAACCUGGCAACCAAAAAAGUCAUCUAUUGGCUCAUCUAUAAAGAAUUAGGUAAUUGCUGGUGAUCAAUUAAGACAUUUGGCUGGAACCUACAGAACCUUUUAUAAAGAGUGCCAUUUUAUAAAGUGGUACUUAUUUCUAUUAUUUUCUAUUUCCAAAAGUUGUUUUAAUGUGUAGUGAGCAAGAAAAGGUUUUAUUUAGAUGUCUGCGGUUGUGUUAGUAAUAUGUAAAUCUACAUGACAGAGCCUUAACUCACUUCACCAUAUGACACCCUUUGCAGCUUUAGCAUUCACCUUGUUGCUGCAAAGUAUAUUCAAUUCACUUGCACAGGUUUAUGUUAACAUCUCCAACACUGGGCUGGAACUGCUGCUGCUGCAGCUGCUGCUGUCACAGGGAUCCUGUGGUGUUGCUGUAAUGUGUAAUGUGUGUAACGGGGAGCGGGUCGAGCUUCUUUCCAUUUGGUUUCCAGUCGCGUCCUGCCCGCUGUUGGACGCACAAACGAUCAGCUGAGCAGCGUCUCGCUCUCAGAGGAAGAUAGACCGAGCUGUGUUCAGUCAGUCUCUCUCAGUGUGUGUAUGUGUGCGCGCGCGCGCGCGUGUGUGUGUGUAUGUGUGUGUUUGGACAGUUCAACAGAGUUUGGUGCGGGCUCCGUUUUUAAAUUGAAAAGAAAAAAAAAAAAAGAUCCUGUGUAUCGCAACUGCUUUUGUGAACGAGAUGCUGGAGAUGGUCGCUUCGCCAAAAUGAACAUAGACAGCACCAAGCCUUCUGUUGCUCCAAAGCCAAGGUUUGUUUGUCACGGCAGCCUGAAGCUGCCCUCCCCUCUCAUGUCUGCAGCCAGGGGUCCCAAACCUUCUAUUGCCCCGAAACCUAAAGUCGCACCGGAGCUAAAUGGCAACCAGGGAGGAUGCGGUAAUGGUGGCUUACUAAUUUCAGACGGCGAGGUUGAUGAUGAGCACGAGACUAAGAAUGGUCCUAACAAUGUGAUUAAGGGAGAGGAACAAUUUACCGCACACGUCGUAAAAUCACCACGAAAAGAUCUACAGAAUGUGUCACAGGGGCCGGAGGACGGUGAGGUGACCGAAGAGGAAAAGGAAGAGGAAGAAGACAUGAUUCAGAAGAUGGAUGAGGACUGGAGAUUAACUGACAGUGCUCUAACAGAGGAGGUGGACUCCCUGGAGACACUGUGGGUCAGUGAUGCUGGACUCACAGCUGACUCCGAGGAGGUGGUGGAGAUGAUUGACACAGACAUGACAGAAGACAUGGACGCUGACGGGUGUGACGCAGGCGAGGCGCUGGCUGACACAGAUGGCCUCUCAGUGGGAGACAUUUUUGUUAAUAGCAUCGAUGAGGAGGCAGGCUGCUCCUCUGCUGAAAAUCGAGACAUGAAGAAGAGGCAGGAAAAGCUCAGCAUCAAGGAGGACGAAACAGGCGACUGUACAGCAGAUGAUUUAACUGAGUCUUUCACAGAUGAACCUGGUAUUCCCAUCAGUGAAAACACCAAGGACACCGAUACACAACAAGUUUUUCUAUCGGAUGGAGAGGAGAAAGAGGAGGAGUCUGUUUCUGAUUGUGGCAUCACUUGCAGUAUCCUGAAGUUGAGGUGUGGCCAUAAAAUGAAGGAAAAGGGCGAAAACAUACAGAACAUUAGUUUUUAUGACUUUAUCCCUGAAGAGCAGAAACAGCGGCAUGUCGCCUUAGAGGACGAUCCAAUCCACGAGCCUUAUUAUGUCUCUUCAGAGGACAUUAUUAACAGAGAGAUGAUGCCAAGGAAUAACAAAGCUCAGGGACUUCCAAAUAGUCCACGAACACCACAGAAGCUUUUUUCUCUAAACAGCAGUGGAGUAUCAGCUGGGAACUAUGAGGAAACAGGAAAAAAUGGACAAAUAGUGUGUGUGUCCUCUGAGGAUUACGUGGAGAUUGGUCACAACAAUGAAUACAGCUGCAACAGUGGUGAUGAGAAGAAGGUAGGAAGGUGUCAGAAAAGGACUUCUUUCAGAACGGAAGAGCACAAAGCUCGUACAGCAGAGGCCUUGUUGAAUCAUUUUGACUACCAGCCGAGGUUCAGGCUGGUAUCAAUCUCGGUGCCAACGGACACUGACACCUCGCUGACCUCUUCUCUCUCAGAAAGCCAGCUGCUUUCCCCAAACGACUCAGACGUGUUUAGAGACGAGGAUGACCUGGAGGGUCACAUCGUGCCAUUUCUGGACGACACCACUGAUACGGAGCAGGACAUCAGUGAUGAGCAUGUUUAUGAGGAGCCGGGGCACAGUUCGGAGGGUGAAAAUGUUUUUCCAUUUGACAGGAAGGCCACGGGGAUGCAAUCCCGGUCACUGUCACACCGCAUUAAUAACAAUGUGGCUGAGAUGGGAGUGCAGUUUGUUCAGAGGCCCUACAUGAGUGGAUUUGGACAACCUGCACUGAGCAGCAGCCCCAUGUUAAACUCAGUGCGGCACAAGAGCUACUCCAAACCCCACUAUUUGUCCUUGUACCCCCGCUCCCUCUCCAUGGAGGGACAGGACAUGCCUCAGAGACAGAGAGAAGCCAUUUGUUCAUCUGGAAGCUUCUCCAGGUGCUCACCUUUGCCAUCCAGCGGCCUGUCCACUCCAACAUCUGUGGUGGAUAUCCCUCCUCCAUUUGAGCUGGCCUACAUCACCAAGAGGCCCAUCACAAAGAGUUCCCCCUCACUUCUCAUCGAGGGGGACUCAUCGGAGAAAAACAGGAAAAAGAAAUCCUCCCUUAAGCGCUUCCUGAUGCUUAAGUUUAGGCGGAAAACAGAGAGCAAGUCUGUGGUGGAUGUCAACCCGUCCUCCUUUAAGUCCUCAGCAGACUCCAGCCAUCACACACCCAGCAGACUGCUGGAUUUAGAUACACACAGUUUAAAUAACUCUCCACAGCUCAACUCACGCUCUGCUGGUAAACCUCAAGUUUCAUCUGAGCCAGCCUCAGCCUUGCUCUUCUACAAUGAAAGCAACAGAAAAGGGAACUCUGUAGCCUUCCUCAAUCGCAGCGUCGUCCGAGUGGAGUCAUUUGAGGACCGCUCUCGUGUGCCUUUCAUACCUCUUCCCCUGACCAAGCCUCGCUCCAUCUCCUUCCCCAACACAGAUACCUCCGACUAUGAGAAUGUUCCUCCCAUCAGCUCGGACUACGAGAACCUUCAGGUCCCACAGCGGAGGCCUGUUCGCCAGGGACCCUUCGCGGACUUCUUUGACCGUCCCAGCCGAAUGCUGUCGUCUGCCAAUGACACGGACGGUUAUGUGGACAUGAGCAGCCUGCCUGGGUUCAGGAGUAAAGCUCAGUCACCUGAAGAGGAAACAGAAAGUGCCUACACAGAAGCCUACAACGUGUGCUCGCUGGCUGUCGGUCCACAGACUGGUUCAGUGGGUGAUGUCAGGGGACAAACAGCGAGUGAGGAAGACCAGGGGCGCACGUCUGAAGAGGAAGACGGCGGUGCGGACAGCAAUUAUGACAGACAGCCUGACGGCCGAUCCAGAGCCUUUUACAUCGCAAAAGAACUGGUGGAUACAGAGAGAUUGCAUGUGAAAGCUCUCAAGCUUCUUCAGGAAGACUUUCGGGAAGCGGUGGGGGCAGCCGUCGGAGACGAGGGGGAACCUGUGUUGGAAGAAGAGAGGCUUCGAGAGAUUCUCAAUGAGCUGCCUGACGUUUACACUCUGCACCGCAGAGUCCUCACCGAGCUGGAGAAUCGAAUCCGCCAUUGGGAGGAGAGCCAGAGGAUCGCAGACAUCUUCCUGUCCAGAAAAGCAGAGUUCUUGGUUUUUACCACGUACAUUGGCCACUAUGACCGAAGUAUGAGCCUGCUGGAGGACAGCUGCCGGACCUCACCUGCCUUUGCAGCAAUUGUUCACCAGUUUGAGCAGCAGAGUCCAGCUGGGGAGAAGGUUUCUCUGAAGCAUCAGCUCCUGCAGGUCAUUGUGCGUGUUGCUCAGUACCGCAUGCUCCUCACUGAUUACCUGAACAACCUCUCCCCCGAUUCCAAGGAAUAUGAAGACACCCAAGCUGCUGUGGCCAUAGUGUCUGACAUUGCAGACCAAGUAAAUGACAGUUUAAAACAUGGGGAGAACUUGUUGCGUCUGGUCAACAUAGAGUACAGUGUUCACGGCCAGCGAGACCUGCUGCAGCCUGGCAGGGUUUUUGUUAAGGAGGGCACCUUGAUGAAGGUCAGCAGGAAGAGUCGACAGCCCAGGCAUCUUUUUUUGAUGAACGAUGUGUUGCUCUACACCUACCCUCAGCAGGACGGGAAAUACAGACUGAAGAACACUCUGCCACUCACUGGAUUGAAGGUCAGUAAACCCAUCACAGAAAAUGUCCAGAAUGCGCUGAAGAUCGAAGGAACAGACAUCUCCAUCACUUUGUCUGCGAGUUCCUUCAUUGAAAGAGAGGACUGGUUUUACACUCUAAGCCGCACUGUAACUGAACACACCAGAGGAUCUGUAGUAUUCAACAGCUGCUCAGGAGAAGCUAGAGAUCGUCUGCAUCUGUCUCUCGGGGAGAAAGCUCCCACACUUGUUCCAGUCUCACAAGUGAUGAUGUGUAUGAACUGCACCUCAGAUUUCAGCCUCACUCUUCGUAGACACCACUGCCAUGGCUGCGGGAGAAUUGUUUGUCGGAGCUGCUCCAGGAACAGAUAUCCACUGAAAUACAUGAAAGACCGCAUGGCCAAAGUGUGUGAUCACUGUUACAACGAGCUGAAGAAGAGAGGGGGAGAUGUGUCUGCACUUACAGCUAAAAGUAGCCCUCGUCCAAACCGCUCCAGUCGUCCGCUCUCUGCUGUGUUUCAAAACAUUCAUCCUCCCAACAUUUGGAGACAUCGCAAAGGCACCAUGUCCUUCAAUCAGGUGACGGAGACAGAGGAAGGCUCCAUUAGUGGCAGUCUACAGCGUACCAAGAAGAGCAAGAGGAACUGGAAGAGACUGUGGUUCCUCCUAAAAGACAAGGUGCUUUACACCUACCGAGCUCAAGAGGAGAAAGUGGCGUCAGAGAGUUUGCCUCUGUUGGGUUUCACAGUGAAGCUGCCGGACAAGCAGGAGGGAGAGGACGAGGCCAGCGUCUUCCAGCUUUACCACAAAAACACUUUGUAUUACACCUUUAAAGCUGAGGACAACUACACAGCCCAGAGGUGGGCAAAUGCCAUGGAGGAAGCCACAGUUUUAUAGGAUAAGCCUCAGUGGCAGGCUGCUGAAAAUAGAAGUCUGCUGCCUUUCUUCUGCUACAAACCCGUGUCCCUAAAAAACUGACCAACUGUGAAACCAAAAAGGGAAGAUAGGGAAUAAAAAAGAAUAUAUGAUUAUGUCUACAAGCUGUAACCUCCCUGGCUGGACUGAAGAAAAGGAGACAUUUUGUUCUUUGAGAGGGAACAUGAUCACCUACUUUGUCACCCUGCCCGCUGUUACAGCAGGUGUGAUGCUGAGAGCCACGAGAGGCCGUGGCCCAGAUACCUGCCAGUGUGGAACAUCACAUUGAUGUGACCUGUAUUUCUUCUAGCAGCUGAGCAGCGUCUUUCCUCCAGAUCAAAGGGAAGAUUCUGGAUUUUUUUGGAAAAGAAAUGUAUAUUCUAUGACUUCAACUGUUUUUUCAAUAUAUCCAAUAUUUCAGGACAACAUAAACAAAUCAGUUCAAUAACAUACGCAGUCAUUUUACCGUCGUUUUCAGGGAGGCAGAAAAUAUAACAGACAAAUUCAACCUCACUCAGAAAUGCCCACAUCAGGAAUGGCUUGAUUUUCAGUUUUUAGCUACGUUAUUAGUUACACCUUUGUCUCAACAUGUGUUCUUCCACUGGAUUAAAUCUCUAUGACUAAUACUUUGAAGCACAGGCUGAAUCAAAGAAUGAGUAAUUUUAUAUAUGUAAAGAAGUGUCUGUAGCUUUGCCAUAUGUACUGUAUUGUUGGAGACAGUCCUGCCAGUGAAUAAAUAGUUUCUAUGAUUUUUUUUUGCACUGAUAUAAAGAGGAAUGAACCUGAAAAGAUAUAUGAGUGUAUCUUCAUCAUAGAGGCCAAAAGCUGCAACCACUCUACUUACUUAAUUUACUUAACAUACUUUUCGAUUGGGAAAAUGUGGACAUGAAUGUCUUUGUUGUUUUAAAUACCCAAAUAUAAUGUAAAUUCAUAUUUGUAUAAAGACUCCAUGUCCAGCUGUGCACAGAUGUGUUGCCCUGGACUGAACUAUGAAUCACUUAUUUCACUGAUCUAACUUAUCAGUGUCCUGGACUUUGUACUGUACUUGAUGAUUUAUUAAGUUUAUUUCUAACACUAUGGUUUUAAAAUCAAGUAAAGGAGGCUGUACUGAUGGAA